ACCAUUCCAUGGGACGAUGCCAUUCUUUCUACAAGUGUCAUCCCACUCAUACGCGUGCAUUAUUCAAGGCACGAAGAGCGGGCAAAGAGAGCAUUUCUGCACAUGUAUAAAAACGCGUUAGUUUUCAAUUCCACAUUUAAAAAAGACAUUUCUGUCUUAUCACUUCUUUUCUUCUUCCUUAACUAUCCUUCUCUUCUCGACAACUCGUUAGUUUCAGCCGCUAUGCGUUUCUCUAUCGCUACGACAAUCAUCGUUGCUUCAUCCUUAGCAUCCUCGCUGGUUUCAGGUGCCUUGACGCCCCAAGAGCGAACUGCCUUCGAACUUUCAGCAGGACCUGAUCCCAACUAUUGCCAGCCCUGUCUCGAGAAGGCCAUGCACAACCAUUUCCCACAUGCCUGCCCCAAGGACAUCAACUCUGAUGCUGCUAACUAUCGUCCUUCUGGUGCGACAGAUACGGAAGAGCGCUGUGUCUGUGUUGCAUUCCAGGAUCUCUUCUGGAUGAAGGCCGAUUGCUCCAAGGAAUGCCCCUAUGUCCACAACAACAACACCAUGAAAAACUUCUUGCCUUCCAGCAAAAUCGAGGGAUGUGACAAGUGGAUUGAUUUUGAGACAAAUCAAGAAAAGGUUAUCGAGGGAUUCGCAAUCAAGAAUCCAGAUCACAAGCCAGAGGUCUUUGAGAUCGUAGCUCCACCCCAAGUGGCCGAAGGUGAGGACGACCCUACCGACAUUGGCGAGGACGGACGCUACAAGGUCUCAGUUUCCAUCACCACAAAGGAAUCGGAAGCUAAGGCAAAGGAGCAGGAAGCAUUGGAUAGCGAUGAAACUAAGAAAGACUCAGAAGUCAAGAAAGAUGAGCUGUAAAAAGAAGGAAGAGGAAUUCUCAACAUCACAAUAAUCUUGUAACAAAAAAUAUGUAUUAAAGACACUAAAUUCAGAC